UGGUUGGUAUCCUGUUAGCUGAUGCCCCAGACAGGGGCCUGUUCUGACCAGGAACCUCCAGGCACUGAUAUAAUCCAGGGCUGCUUCUCGUUCCCUGCUUGUUCCUCUCCUGUGGGUCUCUCUGCACUUCCUGGAGACGAGAUGGCGGCAUUGGUGGGCACUGUCCGUGCGGACCCAACUAAAAUGGGCAUCGGACGGGCCAUCGCUGUGCUGACCUCCGGCGGGGACGCGCAGGGCAUGAAUGCUGCUGUGAGGGCCACCGUCAGGGUCGGCAUCUACACAGGUGCCAAAGUCUUUUUCAUCCACGAGGGUUACCAGGGGCUGGUGGAUGGAGGAGACCAUAUCCGUCCAGCCACUUGGGAGAGUGUCUCCAUGAUGCUGCAGCUGGGGGGCACCAUCAUCGGCAGUGCCCGCUGUCAGGAAUUUCGCACCAUGGAAGGUCGUACAAAGGCUGCUUGCAACCUGGUGAAGCUGGGAAUCACAAACCUGUGUGUGAUCGGAGGCGAUGGUAGCCUGACUGGAGCUAACCAGUUCCGCAGCGAAUGGAGUGAGCUGCUAGCUGACCUUAUCAAAGCCGGUAGGAUCACAGAAGCAGAGGCCAAGCAGUCCUCCCACCUCAACAUUGUGGGCAUGGUGGGCUCCAUUGACAAUGACUUCUGUGGCACUGAUAUGACUAUUGGCACUGACUCCGCCCUGCACCGCAUCAUAGAGGUGGUGGAUGCCAUCACCACCACGGCCCAGAGUCAUCAGAGGACCUUCAUCUUGGAAGUGAUGGGAAGGCACUGUGGGUACCUGGCCCUGGUCACUGCCCUGGCCUGUGGAGCCGACUGGGUCUUCAUCCCAGAGAUGCCCCCAGAGGAGAACUGGGAGGACCAUCUGUGCAGGAGACUGGCUGAGACUCGAGGCAGAGGCUCCCGACUGAAUGUGAUCAUUGUGGCGGAGGGGGCCAUCGACAGACAAGGCAAAUCCAUCACCUCCAACACAGUCAAGGACCUGGUGACACAGAGGCUGGGUUAUGAUACUCGUGCCACAAUCCUUGGACACGUGCAGAGAGGCGGGACGCCAUCUGCCUUUGACCGGAUUCUGGGCAGCAGGAUGGGGGUGGAGGCAGUAAUGGCUCUCCUAGAGGCUACCCCAGACACGCCUGCAUGUGUUGUCAGCCUGUCUGGAAACAUGGCCAUCAGGGUGCCGCUGAUGGAGUGUGUGCAAGUGACAAAAGAAGUCACUAAAGCCAUGGAAGAGAGGAGAUUUGAUGAUGCUGUGAAACUCAGGGGCAAGAGUUUUGAGAACAAUUGGAAUACAUACAGGCUAUUGGCUCAUGUGCACCCCCCAGAGGCCAAGAGUAAUAUCAACAUUGCCAUCUUGAACAUCGGUGCCCCGUGUGCUGGGAUGAAUGCUGCAGUUCGUGCAGCCGUCAGGAUUGGCAUCACCCAAGGGCACCAUAUGCUGGCAGUGCAUGACGGAUUUGAGGGGCUGGCUCAUGGACUGAUUGAACCCAUCACGUGGUCUGAUGUUGGUGGUUGGACUGGGAAGGGUGGAUCCCAGCUGGGCACCAAGAGGACACUUCCAUCAAGUAUCAUUGAGGAGAUCAGCCUCAACAUUGCCAAGUUUAACAUCCAUGGUCUGGUCAUUAUUGGGGGUUUUGAGGCUUUUGUGGGAGGCCUGGAGCUCGUGACGGCGAGGGAGAAGUAUGAGGAGCUGUGCAUCCCUCUGGUGGUGAUCCCUGCCACCGUGUCCAACAAUGUGCCCGGCUCAGACUUCAGCAUCGGUGCCGAUACGGCCCUGAACACCAUCACCACGACAUGUGACAGGAUCAAGCAGUCGGCCGCCGGUACGAAAAGGCGCGUGUUCAUCAUCGAGACGAUGGGGGGUUACUGCGGUUACCUGGCCACCAUGGCCGGCCUGGCCUCUGGUGCUGACGCUGCCUACAUCUACGAGGAACGCUUCAACAUCCGUGACCUUGAGGUGAACGUGGAGCAUCUGGUGGAGAAAAUGAAAACGACCGUGAAGAGAGGCCUGAUUCUCAGGAACGAAAGGUGCAAUGAAAACUACACCACUGACUUCAUCUUUAACCUGUAUUCCGAGGAAGGAAAGGGAGUCUUUGACUGCCGGAAGAACGUCCUGGGACACAUGCAGCAGGGUGGUACCCCCACCCCCUUUGACAGGAAUUUUGGCACCAAAAUGGGAGCGAAGGCUGUCCUCUGGCUGACAGAGAAGCUGAAAGAAUGUUACAGACAUGGUCGUAUCUUUGCCAACACACCACAGUCGGCAUGCGUGCUGGGCAUGCGGAAAAGGGCCCUGGUAUUCCAGCCUCUCGCAGAGCUGAAGGAGCAGACAGACUUUGAACACCGCAUCCCGAAGACAGAGUGGUGGCUGAAGCUGAGGCCCAUUCUGAAGAUCUUAGCCAAGUACAAAAUCAACCUGGAUACCUCUGAAAAAGCUGCCAUGGAGCAUGUGAUCAAAAAGAGGGGGCUUGUGUAACGGGCAACCUGGAGCAACGCAGAGCCGUGGAUGGAGCCAAACCUGUAAUGUUCAGCGGUUACAAGUUACUACCUUUCGGCAGAUGUCAAUAGUAUCAUCAUUUAGUUGUUAAGUUACUAAACUUGUCUCAGGUCUUAGUGAUAUUAAGCCUCAUUCAUAUGUCACUUGUCCAAAUGCUGUGAUGCUUCACAGCCAAUCUGCACAGUCUGCACAAAAAUCUUGGGCAUGCCGUCUGCUCAUAUGCAAGGAAUUGAUAGCGCAUGACUUGGUGUUUCCAGUAGGUGGCAGCACUGAGUUUCUCAGAGCAGUGGUCAAUGAAGACCAAGUAAAAGGAGAAUAAUUGUACUUAUGGAUGCGUUCCAUGAGCUGCUGUGUGAAGUGGUGUGGAGGUACUUGCAUAUAGGUAUGUAAUAAAUAAUUAUUCAUCAUUAAAGGUCAAUAUAAGCUUCAUUCUACCCAAGAAUAGCUGCCCUCUGCUGGUGCAGUGGACACAUGCGCUAACCACAACCAUCUGUGUACAUAUGCAAAUGUCUACAAUGACCAUAAAGACCACAGUGGUAUCCGGUCAAGUUUAAUAUGAAUUAGGCUCCAAUGUUAAGGCCUUCCCAACAGGAAACACCUGUAAAUUCAGUCUAAUGUCCUUCCAUACCAAGGUAUGAGAGCCAGAACUCAUAUCAUGUAUAAAAUGUAAGACAUUUCUGUUUAGCCUCAAAUGUCAGAAAUCCAAUAGGCUGAGUCUGCUUUCUUCCUUAGUCUCGUAUACAUUUUAACGUCUUUCUGAGAUACUCUCCUGCCCUCUCCUUCCCUGCUUCAUUUGUGUUGAUCCAACCAUCUUCUUCAAAUAUUUGUAAUUUUGUAAUUCCUAUCUGUGUAAGAGACUCAGAAGAGCCAUUAAAUCCAGAUGUGACCACUCUGCUUACAUUGACACGAUUAAAGACUAGUAGACGAUGA